CUGAAAUUCUAUGGAAACUCAAAAACAAAAAGAAAAAAACAAAAAAGAAAACAGCUAUUUUAAUGAUCAUAACGGAUAAUGAAAGUAGUGAAUGCUAAGGUUGACGCGGUUAUGCUGACCAACGACCACAGUUUUGUAUGCUGACUUUGUAACCCUAAUCAUAAUUUAUUACUACAAAUGUGUUCAACAACUUGGCCUAAAUUUUGCACGCAUUCCUUAAUUUUCUGAUGCAGCAUCAAUGUCUUCUACUCUCUCCCUUCGCUUCAUCCUCUGCACUCUUCCUCUCCUCACUCUUCCUCCGCCACUCUCUCGCUGACGUCGGCACUGCUGCACACUAUGGCCCUCCCUUUCUGCCCAGUGCAUGUUACGGCAGAGACGCGUCGCAGUUUCCGUCGAAUAACUUCUUUGGUGCCGUCGGCGAGGGUUUAUGGGACAAUGGCGCCGCAUGUGGGAGGCAGUAUCAGGUGCGGUGCAUCAGCGCUGCGGUUCGCAGAACUUGCAUUCCUGGCCAGAUGAUUCAGAUCAAGAUCGUUGAUCGAGCGCAAUCAUCGGUUUCUAGGCCUUCUUUAGCUGGAACUACGUUGGUCCUCUCCUCCAGGGCCUUUCAGGUCAUCGCCAACGCUUCUGCACCUUUCAUUAACGUAGAAUACCAACAGGUUUGAAGAGGGGAACAGAUUCUUUGGAUACAUUAUUUGUUGGUAUUACUCUGAAAAUUAUUCUCUGUAAUGAUUGAGUAAUAUGAUGAACCUGCAUUUAUAUUUUAA